GUUACCUACCUUGAUCCAAAUCCCUCUAUAAAUUUCAACACAUUCCCAGUUGAGAGAAGUGGAAGAAAGAAGAGAUGGAUAGGCAAACUCAGAAAAUGAAGUCUAGAGUUGUUAAAAUAGAGUCAGAAGACUCUUGGGAUUUUUUCAUCAAACAAGCUAACAAUCAAGGCUGCCCUGUUAUGGUGCAUUUUUCAGCUGCUUGGUGCAUGCCUUCAGUGGCCAUGAAUCCUUUCUUUGAAGAACUGGCCUUGAGCUACCAAGAUAUUCUGUUUCUUUCGGUGGAUGUGGAUGAUGUUAAGGGGGUAGCAUCCAAGAUGGAGAUCAAGGCCAUGCCAACUUUUUUGUUGAUGAAGCAAGGAGCUCCUAUUGACAAGCUUGUUGGUGCCAAUCCUGAUGAGAUAAGGAAAAGGGUUGAAGAUUUUGCUCACCAAAUUCGCUCCAAUAAAACUACAUAAAAUAUAAACAUGUUGUAAACAAGAUUUUUAGUGUUUGAUCCCUUCAAUUUCUUUUUUUGUGGGUUUGGAUUUGUUUGUCUUGUAACUUGAAGAAGUGGAUUACUAUCACUUUCUUUUCUUAGAAAUUUGAGGAUUGCAUUUUGAUAUUGAUAUUGAUUUUGAUUAUGUUUGAGGGGUUAAAACAUAGUUGUUAAUUUUACUUUGGUAUCAACCGUAUUAAUUGGUACACUUUAGUUAUAUCAAAAUAAGAUACAUUUAAAAAUAAUUUUUUGUAUCGAAUUUAAUAUCAGAUAAGAUCAAUUGUUUUCAU